AAGAAUACAAACACGAACAUAUAUAUUACUAAUGCAUAUUUAUUUAAUGUGUGAUUUUGUUUUUGCUAGUGUAUUAAUUACUUCAGAAAAAUUACAAUUUUUUGCAAUUUCUUUUUCGAUGCUUAAUAUAGCAAGUGCAUUUAACAAAGUGCAUUUUUCUGCACACAUGCCUGACCGAAGAUAAUUCUUGAUUAAUUUUCAUUUGCUGAAAGAGCGCUCGGCACUAAAGAAAAGUUUCGAUACAGUUGAUACAUUUAGAAAUAACUCAUUCGAUGUGCAAGAGUACAUUAUUUCAUGAGUUUCUUUAGUUCUUGAUCGUUGGAGCCCCUUCGAUCGCGGGGCACCGGUGCAUAGAUGGCCGGCACUGGUGACUCCAGCGCCGACUUCAGGGACGAAUCUACCACAAAAGUCGAACGUGCCAGGCCCUCGAGUACAUGAGAACCUAAGAGUUGACGGUUUUUUAUAUUUUUAACAUAUUCAAUUCCAAGUUUGAGCAUCGAAAUGUUCGAAUAUUUCAUCUAGAGAUUUAUAUAGAACGAUAAAUAACAUUUAAAUGAUAUUCGACCGAGAAAAGGAAGGGGCCACUCGAAGUGAUUAUUCUCAUGCCGCGAUAAGUCUAGAUUCGCCAUUGGCGGAUUCGUGUGAUUAUCUCUCGAAGGAAGCGGUCGUUCGUUUCUCGAGCGAAAAGAUUGCGUAUAAUAAUACAGUGUGAUGCUUUCUAGCGACGUGUUAUUGCUACAGUCGGUAAGCGAUCGACCACAGUCGACAGUGGCGGCGCAGCAAUCGAAGCAGUCGGUGUCGUUCGGUUGCACGUUGCGGAUGCGCAGUGACGAAACGUGCGUGUCUUCGUCGUCCGUCAACACGGGACGGAACGAAAAUCGUAGCAAUCAUGUAAAACGCGAUGUCAACGGGAAUCUCGUGGAUCAUAUAUCGAUUCCGUCGAUGAUCGGGAGAGCGAGCGUCCCCGUGCACGCGAAUUAACCUCGUUAAUCGUUCCUGUCAACGGGAUCGUGUCGAUACGUUGAGAACGGUCACGCGCACGUUUCGCGACGAACAAGUGGACCCAUCGAGCCGUGUGUCUCGCGAGAUGUGUUUUCUUUGAGGAAUACCGUAUUGCAUCGUGAGUGACAACAAAUUUUAACGAGCAAAGAGGGGAAUGGAGAACGUCAUGCAGCCGCCACUUCCACCGCCACCCCCACCCUCGGAAAUCCUUGGGAAUACCAGCACGGAACAGACGGUCACCCAUGUCUUGACAUUUGGAUCGACAAGGUUCUCGGAGCCUCGUCGACGAGAAAAUCGAAUCUCCUGGUGAAGAGGACGGAGGGAGAAAGAGAAUCGGUCGAGAAGCACGACCAUGCGACGGUCGGUCAGUUAACACUUCCGUCGUCGUCGCGUUUACGCUGUGACGCCGCCUAUGGUGAGAAGAAGCGUGGCUGACCGUGAUAUGCUCAAGUGUCGCACCUCGCCGACCACCAUGAAGAAUCCCGAGCACGAGAGCGGCUACUUCGAGGACGGGAGCGACGUCGAGGCGGCCGUCGAGGAAACGAUCGUCACCGAAGAAAGGAAGCACGGAUCGGAAGUAUGCUACUGCCUCGCCAAGGCCAUCCACAGUCUCGACGUCAGGGACUCCGGCGAGCCAGUUUCCGACGACUACGAGGACAGAUUCAAUAGAGUAAACCUGGAAGACAGUGGAGGUCAGAGGGUAGACAUGACGCACUUCGAUUUGCUGAAAGUCCUUGGAACCGGAGCUUACGGAAAGGUGUUCCUGGUGCGAAAGAGAACAGGCACCGACGCUGGCCGUCUUUACGCCAUGAAAGUCCUGAAGAAAGCGUCCAUCGUCCAAAAGAAGAAGACGACGGAGCACACGAAGACGGAGAGACAAGUUCUGGAGGCCGUUCGGGACAGUCCUUUUUUAGUUACGUUGCAUUACGCCUUUCAGACGGACGCGAAGCUCCAUUUGAUUUUAGAUUAUGUCAGCGGCGGGGAGCUGUUUACGCAUUUGUAUCAACGGGAACACUUCACCGAGGACGAAGUGCGAAUUUAUAUCGGAGAAGUUAUUUUGGCGCUAGAGCAUCUGCACAAACUCGGGAUUAUUUACAGGGACAUUAAAUUAGAAAACAUUCUGUUGGACAGAGAAGGGCAUAUCGUGUUAACAGAUUUCGGGCUGAGUAAAGAGUUCCUGCCGCACGAACGGGACAGCAACGCUCGUGCUUACUCCUUUUGCGGAACUAUCGAGUACAUGGCACCGGAAGUGGUACGAGGGGGCUCCGCGGGCCACGAUAUUGCGGUGGACUGGUGGAGCGUGGGCGUGCUGACGUACGAGUUGCUGACCGGCGCGUCUCCUUUUACGGUCGAGGGAGAGAAGAACACCCAGCAGGACAUCUCGCGAAGAAUACUGAAAACGGACCCGCCGAUCCCCAGCCACCUGAGCCCCACCGUUCGGGACUUCAUCCUGCGGCUCCUGGUGAAGGACCCUCGCCAGAGGCUGGGCGGCGGCCCGGACGACGCCCGAGAGCUGAAGGAUCACCCGUUCUUCAGGAAGGCACCGGCUCCGUUCAGCUGGCCAACCCUGGAGAGACGAGAGAUCCCCCCGCCCUUCGUUCCUCGCAUCACCCACGAGCUGGACACCAGCAACUUCUCCGACGAGUUCACGAAAAUGAUAGCCGCGGACAGUCCGGCGGUUGUUCCCCCCAACUACGACAAGAUCUUCCGAGGGUAUUCGUACGUGGCGCCGUCCGUUCUCUUCUGUGACAACGUGGUCAGCAAGGACAUAUUCAAGGAAGCCGCCAAAGCCAGCACGGAGUCCCAGCGACCGUCUGCAUCGGACGUGCUGGCCGCGAGAUUUGACGAGUCCACCUUCUUUCAGACCUACGAGCUGGACCCGCGCGAGGAAGCCCUCGGCGAUGGUAGCUUCUCCGUCUGUCGCAAGUGCAGACACAGGAAAACGCAGCAGGAGUACGCCGUGAAGAUCGUCAGUCGCAGGAUCGACUGCGGACGGGAGGCCACUCUGUUGAGAACCUGCCAAGGUCAUCCGAACGUGGUGAAGCUGAUCGAGGUCCACCAGGACAGGGCGCACACUUACCUGGUGAUGGAGCUGUUGUCGGGCGGCGAGUUGCUGCGCAGGCCGCGACCCUUCACCGAGCAGCAGGCCAGCAGAAUUAUGCGCCAUUUGGCGUCCGCCGUGCGGUUCAUGCACUUGCGCGGCGUGGUGCACAGAGACCUCAAGCCGGAGAACAUAGUGUUCACCAACGACGGCGAGGACUCCUCGGUGAAGAUCGUGGACUUUGGAUUCGCCAGGGUGAAACGUAACUGCGAGCCUCUGCACACGCCCUGCUUCACGCUGCCGUACGCGGCGCCCGAAGUGGUGGCCAGGCAGGGUUACGACCAGAGCUGCGACCUCUGGAGCCUCGGGGCUAUCCUCUACUCCAUGCUCUCGGGGAAACCCCUGUUCAGAACCGGCUCCCCGGACCUGGCCACCAGGAUCAGAGCAGGGGAGAUCGACUUCGACGGCGAGGCGUGGAGCCACGUGUCCAGCCUCGCCAAGCAGGUCGCCAAGGGUCUGCUGACCGUCGACCCUACCAAAAGACUGACAGCGAGCGGGCUAGCCAAUCACGCGUGGCUAGCCGAAUCCAGUACUUCCAUUGACGUAAUCACGUUGGACGUCAACACGACGGCCAGCUUCCUGGAGAAGCCGGAGGGCUUCAGGCUGCGCGAGGUGGACGGCGCGCGGCUGGCUCAGAGGAGGAAGCUCCACAAACGUUCCACUUCCAGUUCCGUGUCGUCCUCCGCGUCCACCGCGUCCUCCAGUCCCUCCGUGUUGCUCCUACGACCGCCUAGCGCAGCGACGAACCCCGCCACCUCCGCCUCGCCGGCCCAGCCAAGCGCCUUCGACUUCGGCGAGGACAAGGUGAACGAAUACCUCAGCUCCCUGUCGUCCUCCUCGGACUCGAACUCGCCGAGGAUCAUGCAGGAGACCCCUAAAAAGCGGCGCAAGCGCGACGAAGACGACACCGAUUCCCAAACCAAGCGUCACAAGAGGAACCUGGACAGCGGUGUUCACAAGAGUAGAACGGGACCUGUGACCAGGGCCAGGAAGCGGAAACUGGAGGAGCAGACCGGGAAUAGCGAGGAUGGCUCGACAGAGUCGAGCGGCACGUCGUGUAGCGACUCCAGGGACCUUCACCGAAAACAGAAGGCUGGAAAGCGGCCCAAACGACUCGCCACUAUCAUCGUGGAGUAGAUCAUGUUCUUUUUGUUGCCUCUACGAAUCGGUUCGACAGGCUCGCACCUCUCCUCGUGUCACCAGAGAUGGGCAAAAUUCUUGUUUGCGUAGGAAUUUCGAGUUAAGAAGGAUAAAACAUCUUUGUAUACGUUUAAGUAUGAGGCUGUUCGAAUGAUUGGUAAACAAGUAAAUCAAAGAGCCAAGGCAACCGAUGAUGGCACGUGUGCUCAAAUCUUCGCUUACGUUGACCACGUUCUAUCACGUAUUCAACGUGUAUUCGAGGUAUUCGUUGUAGAACGAAUGAUAACUUAGAACGGCUUAUUCGAACUGUUAUAUCGAAUGAAAUUUUGCCCAUCUCUGCUUCUAUGCAUUUCACGUGAUGCUGCAACGUUGCUGCCUUCGAAGCUCGCGUGCGAGCUAAUCAUUGCGUCAUUCCUAUUUACAGAACCGCGACCAGGGACUUCCCUUUUGGAACUUCGUUAGGUUAAAUUUCAAUUCGGCUAAACUUACUUACGUUUCACUAACAUUUCGUUUGAUUUUUAGAAAUCACGAUCCUCUAACGGAUUAUUUUGGGAUAAAGCAACGGACGAAGGUCGGCAAUUAUUUAGACAAUGAAAAAUAGUAUUCAGUUCGCGACGGGUUCCUUGGACUACGCUGUUCCUUAUCGCAAUCUUUAAAUUAUUGUAGAUACGUUUAAUUUUAUGCCAUGCUUAGGGUUACGUAUUAUCGGUCGGAGCUGUGGAAAAUAGUAUUUCAAGUAGAAAAUAAGGACUGUGCUGCUUCCUUAACCUUUAGAAAAUAAUUUCUAUUCCUACGUCGCGUGAAUGGUUUAAAUGUAUACAACUAUUCCCAGUUGAAGAUGUUAAGUGUCGACUAAAUUAAGGUGUCUUAAUGUGUCUUGUUCAAGUGCCACGUUCAUUUAAGUGUCUUGUUGAAGGUGCAAGAAAGUCGAUGUGGAAUUAAGCGACUUUUUUCCAUUUGCAAAUUUCAUUUUAGAGUAAUAUACAUUUGCUAUCUCGAAUCAUUCGCGAUAACGCCUCAUCGAGAAUUAAAUCGGCCCUCGAGCGUCAUCUACAGCCAAUCUAAGCUAACGAUUUCUAGCAAAGAUUCGAAUCCACUCGAAUUUCUUCGCAUCGUCGCCUGUAAGAUUCACUCUAGACCUCGGUAGCUUCGGUAUCGAUCGAUAAACCGAGUCUCGAUCGACGCGAAAAAGCGAAACGCUUUCGCGAACGAUAUUAUUCUGGCAAUCAAGAUGGCCACCCAGGCAUCUCUCUACUAUUUUCUAUCGCGAGUACUAUGUUCGCCCAGCUCUCCCACGUCGAUAUUAAACAUAUUUACAUGUCGUAUUUAAAGCGCGAUUUGCAGUGAUCGUAUACACCCCGUGUAAACUUCAAAUUAAUCAUCGUCAAGAUUCUAUCAGCGGGUGUACGCGAUUACCGCGGUUCACGCUUUAACUAUAAUAUACAUGUACGCAUGUACACGCACGUAUACACGUACACGCGCUACGUUCUAACGAACGUAAACGUUGUUUGUUAACGGGAGAAACACCGACGUUAUUAUCGCGGUCCGAUCAUUUGGCGCCCGAUUUGUACAGAACCCUUUACACCGCGAACCACGGGAGGAGAUCGCUACCUAGACGCGAUCCCGAACGCGUCAGAGCCUCCAUUAUGCGUUGUAUUUCUUUGUCACGUUGUCUGUGAUCAACCUGUAAACGUUGAAGCGUUUCACCGUUCCCCCUUCACACACACACCCCCUGGGGCGUGUGUUCCUAGACGUCCCGUGUGUCGCCUUCUAACUCGACCCCUACCCUCAAUCCUCUCGCGACAAAAAGGAGGAGUCCAACCGCGGCGGAGAUCGACAAAACAGAGCUUUUUCUCGAAAAAUUAAUUUCAGAUUUAUCAUUUUUCCAUUUCGUUACUCGUUGUUGCAAAAAUUGUAUUUGGAUGUAAUUUUUUGUCAGUCUCUGUCUCCCCCUCCCCCCUCCCCACACACGCGCGCGCGCACGCACACACACACACACACACCCUCCUCUCCCCUCCCACGAAAAUACAUAGCAAAUGUGCCUCAGAAGCUCCGCCAUCGAUCGGCGAGUGGAAGAAAAGACAAUUUUCGAGUAGGUGUGGUUGUCGUCGCACGUCUCUCGAGGAUCGAGAACGGGCGAGGAAAACUUAUUUAUUUAACGAAAGAGUCGCGCGCCACGCGAUCAACGAGCGAGAGAGACACGGCGCGCGUCGAUUUUACAGACUAUUUGAAAAACGGUGGUUCUGUUCACUAGCAUAUAUGGAAUGCUAUUCUUAUACAUUGAUUUUUAGUCCUGAAUCUUUAUAAAAAUAUAUAUGAAAAAAAUUAUAUGUAUAUAUAUACACGUAUACAUAUAUAUAUAUACAUACACACGCGUAGGUUAUAUGUAUACACCAAUAUAUGUAUAUAUGUAUGUAUGUAUGUAUGUAUGUAUGUAUGUAUAUAUGUAUGUAUGUAUGUAUGUAUGUAUGUAUGUAUGUAUGUAUACUUGUACACGAACGACACAGGAAAAAAGAAAAACAUAGAUGUGUACAUUGUAGGGUGUUAGAUGAUAGGGUCGAUGAGGUCAUCAAGUAUUAUAUGUGUUUCUCGAAAUUCCUUCGUUUCGUACGAAUGCGUUUUACGUACUGUGACGGUCGAAGCUAAAUCAGUUGGCAGCUCGAGGUCGUCGUGUAGGCCUCGAGCCCGCCAAUCGAGUUCGAUUCGAUUUCUCUCGCAUGGGAACGACUUAACCGACGGAGCAUCGAAUCGUUGUCUAAGAGAGAAAGCGGAAGUUGUGCGCUCAUUAACGAGAGGUUCGAAGAACGUCGAUAGUAUCGCGGUGAGAUUUAUUUUCGUAGGCAUUUUUAAAAACGACUCCUUCGGCUACCCCUCCGCGCCCCCGAACCACACCCGAUCUUCGAACAACUUCUAGUCUAAAGCCGCUGUCACGCGAAAGUCAGUUUGGAACUUUUUGCUCGGAUUUUUACGCAAACGGUAUCAACGACCGCGGCGGGGAGUCGAAGUCAGACGUCGACGAGAGAGAAAGGUUGCUUGUUUGGCGCGCGACGACGGCUCGUCGCGCGUUUUCAGUGUCUUUGUUGGACGAUUGGUCGCUGGGCGACUCGCGGAUUUGCUCGAAACCGGACGCGAUCGAUUCCGCGCGAAAAACUGUAUCAAAAAUGCGAGAUAAUAUUUUUCCGUGCGAGGCUUCGUUUUCGAGAAACUCGACGUCGAAGUCGAAUCGGGGCACGACGCAGCGCACGCGCCCCGCGCGUACUUUGACCUCGAUUAUCUCCGCAUGGAAGCGUUCUACGGAAAAAUCGUUCUGCACGUUUUCGAUGCAGUUUUUCGCGUAGAAUCGUAUGGCGUCCUUGUUUUUUUUUUUCCGUGUUAGAAUUACGAGAAACGGCGAUUCGUUUGCGACGAGUUCGCGAGUCUCCGUGCGUCGAAUUAGCCUUUAAGGUAAGAGCGAAGGAUGGUCGAUUGCUGUGAGAAGAAAGCGUGGCAUUAAAGAGUGGGGCAAAGACUGAUAUGGUUGUACACCGACUCAGGGAUCAGUGAGACGCGGUCGAGAGAAUUCUCUAAAAUCGAAUUACGAGGAUAACGCGUUCCAACGGGGACGCGUGCUUCUACCAAAGACGAUCGAAGCGAUGAAACUGCUCUGCAAAGACCAAAAAAAGAAAACAUAGUAACGAUAAAAAUGAGAAAAAAAAAAGAUAAA